CAAAUAAUGAAGCAGAAGAAGAAGGACCUAAACACGACACUGACGUACACUGAUAUAUGUCUGCAGGAUGCCUGAGGAGGGCGCUAGCCCAUGCAGUGAGAGUUGUGUACAGGCCUUGCUCUGGCUUUGGGAUGCCCAUAACUAGGUUCAGCAUAUGUCAUGAAAGAUGUGGCAUCCUUACUGCCUCCUUGAGAUGGGCUUUCCUGUCCACUGCAGCAGGUGACAUUGGAAAGACUCCCGCACCUGUAAAAAAAAGGCAGGGCCACCAGGCUCACACCACAAUCUGCAGCGUUGGCCGUUUAAUCCCACAUCCCCAGAUACAGUUAUUAAGUGAGACAGCUGAGAACCUGGGCGUCAUGCACCGUGCCGAAGCUCUAAGAAUCAUGGAUGAGCGAGGUCUUAAAUUGGUGCUUCUCAAUGAACGUAAAGUUCCACCCAUCUACCAGCUGAUGAGCGGCAAACAGAUUCAUGAAGAGCAGAUGAAGCUGCAGGAGAAGCAGAAAGCCAAACCAGCUCCUGUGCAAGUGAAGGAACUUGUACUUUCAUCCAGCAUCUCACCUCAUGACCUCAAAAUCAAGCUGAAACAAGUGGAGAGCUGGUUAGCCAAGAAGGACCAUGUCAAAAUUACUCUGCGAAAACGAAAGCAACAGCUGGCCGACAUGGAUGUGGCUCUGAAAGACAUACUGCAAAAUAUCGAAGUCACAGUGGGGUUUGUUUCAAAACCACAAGUCAUCCAGAACGGGAAUGCAGCCAUGUGCGUCCUCCGUCUGCCUUCAGAAAAGGAACUGUCCCAAAAAAAGAAUGAUUCUUCAUCUGUGCCAUCUGCACAGACCAACACAUCUCAAAUUACUCUCAGCCAGAUACAAGAAGGCUCAGGUGAUGAUGGAACGAAGCAAUAAAUGAAAGUUUCA